AUGAAGAACGUUCGAAGAUAUUUGGCGUUGUUUGGUCCCUUUAAGCAUAUUCGGCAAAUACAAACUAGUGCAGCAUUAAACGCCAAGAGAUGGGUUCCGGAUGUUGAGUUUGCUAAUCAGUUUGGUGGUGUCGGUAUAUUUACAACAGAGGCCAUGGAGAAGUAUUAUAGGGUAAUAUAUCAUGGCAGAGUGCGACCGGUGGAGCGUAAAUUACGAAACAUGUGGAUAAACUUUGGACCUCAACAUCCUGCUGCACAUGGAGUGCUUCGACUAAUUUUGGAACUAGAUGGCGAAUUAGUUGUCAGAGCAGAUCCUCAUGUCGGUUUUCUACACAGAGCUAGUGAAAAAUUAAUGGAACACAAACAUUAUACACAAAGUUUGCCAUAUGUGGAUCGCUUUGAUUAUGUGUCAACCCUAGCAAAUGAACAAGGAUUUGCAGUUGCUGUCGAACGACUUCUUAACAUACAAGUUCCUCCGAGAGCUCAAGCUAUAAGAGUAUUAUGUAGUGAACUUUCUCGCAUAGCUAAUCAUCUUUUAAAUAUUUCUGGCACUAUUCUUGAUGCAGGUGGAAUUACACCAUUUUUUUGGAUGUGUGAGGAGCGAGAGAAGAUAUACGAGUUAUCUGAACGACUUUGUGGUGCUCGAGUUCAUUGUGCUUAUAUAAGACCUGGAGGUGUAUCGCAAGACAUUCCUAUAGGUUUUAUGGAUGAUAUACAUGAGUUUUGUAUGAAACUCGGUGAACGCUGUGACGAAACUGAAGAUAUCGCUACAGGUAAUAGGUUGUAUUAUGCAAGAACUGCAGGGGUUGGCGUUGUUUCUGCUCACGAUGCUAUACAUCACGGCUUUAGUGGACCGAUGCUUAGAUCUACAGGAGUUAAGUGGGAUUUAAGAAUUGCAUUUCCUUACGAUGGUUAUGAUCUUUAUGACUUUGACGUUCCCAUAGGAACCUUUGGGGACAGUUUUGAUAGACAUCUUCUCCGUUUAAUGGAAUUACGGCAAUCCAUUAGAAUAAUUAACCAAGUAAUUGACACUAUGCCAGAAGGCGAAGUUAGAACAGACGAUUCUAAAGUUUCACCACCAUUACGAUCAGAAAUGAAAACUUCUAUGGAAGCUCUUAUUCAUCACUUUAAAUUAUGUAGCGAAGGCUACGUUGUUCCUCCAGGAGCAACCUAUACUAGCGUAGAAUGUCCUAAAGGAGAAUUAGGUUUCUAUAUGGUUGGAGAUGGUACUUCUAAACCGUAUCGAGUUGGUAUACGAUCUUGUUCUUAUAACCAUCUAGCAGGUGUUGCAUUUAUGGGUAAAGGUUUACUUCUUGCUGAUAUAGCUAUUCUUAUUGCAACCAUCGAUGUAGUGUUUGGAGACGUUGACCGUUAA